CGGCUGCGCGCCCGCCUGGCGGCCUUCGAGGGGGGCGCGGCGCCGUCGCUCGUGGACGCCCUUGUGGAGCAGGUGGCGCGUUUCCGGGAGCAGCUGCGGCGGCGGGAAGGCGGCGGCGUCGAGGAGGAGCUGCGCCAGGAGGUCGAGAGGCUGACCGGGCAGCUGGCAGAGAGAGAGAGGGUGGCGCUGCCCGCGGGCGAGGAGGAGGUGGCCCGGCUGCGGAGGAGCGUGGCCGAGAAGGAGCGGGCCUGCAGGGCCAGCGCCGUGCUGUGCCGCUCCCUGGCCGACGAGACCCACCAGCUGCGGAGGACGCUGGCCGCCACUGCCCACAUGUGCCAGCAGCUGGCCAGGCGCCUGGAUGAACGGCAGCGCGCGGACGGGGGCGGCCAGAGCCCCGAGGUAGGCGCGGCGUGGCGAGGUGAGGGUGCCGGGGCCAGCCCCCCCCCAGAAGCGCCUGGCCUGCUCCGGGCGACGCCCCGCGGCCUCCCUCGGAGACGGCGGCUGUGGCUCCAGCCCCCGCCAGGCCUGAGGCCCCGGGCACUGGGGCCCGCUCUUCACUGCCCAGCCGGUGGACUGCGGGCUGAGGCUGCUCAGGAAGGACACAGGCCGAUCCCGAGACCAGCAGCGCCUGGGAGGCGGACUGCGCGUCACUGCCACUUUCCCCGGGGCUGCAGGGGCCGCCCACUCUGGUCAGCCGAGGCUGGCGUGGCCGCGCCCCCGCCCGUCUCUAGUCACUUCCCUUCCCGCCCAGAUGAGUCACGGGGCUUCCCGGGCGACCGGCCGUCGGCGGCCAGCCGGAAGCCCGCGGAGCAGCUGCAGCGGUAG